AUGCCGCCCUUUAAGGAUGAACACAUUCUGAUAAUUGCGCCAGGUUCGCAAGUGACCCUGGCGCAGCUCGGUCUUCCAGAGUCCUUUACUCCUGCACGAUUUCGCUUCCCCACGCGCAUGUUCCCUGGCGAGAAGAAGGGCGAAUAUGAACCAUAUAAGAUUCACGAAAAGCGACGCGAUGUUAAACCUAGCAAUGGCUCCGACGCGCCCAAGGAGGACGUGGAGAUGAAGGAUGCGGAAACCUCUGCGCCCGAGGGUGCAGCGGACACUGUGACGGAUGAGACGCCACAGACCACGGAAACCGGAGGCCAACCGGAGAAUGGAGAGCCGCAUGAAAACAAUGGCGAAGCAGUGCAGGAGACUACACAGGAGGUGUUCUAUGAAGAGGAUGUUACAUCGGAUGAAGGCGCGAUUUAUCCUAUCGAAAACGGACGGAUUGUCGAUUGGCCUGCCUUUUUCGCCCUCUUAACACAUGUUUACAACACACUUAGCCCGCCUUUCCACACACCAAUCAUGCUCAUUGCUGAGCCAGUUUGGUCCGCUCGUGAUCGCGAGGCGAUCACUCAGUUUGUUUUCGAGAAAUUCAAGACACCGGCGUUUUGUUUGAUGGAUUCUGCACUGGCAGUCUGCUAUGGAUACGGAACAUCUACCGCAACGGUUGUCGAUGUCGGGAAAGGGAAGGUCGAUGUCACCGCCGUGACCGAUUUCCUGGUCAAUGAACACGGAAGAGGUAUCGCCCUGGAAGGUUGCGGUGGAGAUUACAUGACUGAAAGGCUUCUGGAACUACUGGAACCCAAGGGCUUCACAAGGGAAAUGUGCGAGCAAUUGAAGAGAAGCAAUAUCACAGAGAUUUUACCGCCGGGAACACCAAUUCCUGGCACCGCAGAGACCGCACAACAAGGUACCAACCCAGCGGCAUCGGCCUCGACAGGUGCACAGGACGGUGUGGGUGUCAAUGGAUCCGUCCCUCGUGGCCCAGGCAACAACACUCAAGUCGGGGCUGAAGGGAACAACGCAGAAGGAGAGGAAGACGAAGGGGUCCUGGAUGUUGCGGCCAUCGUUACUGGGAACACAAGCGAGUUUCUCGCAAAGAGGGAGAAGGAGAAGGCUGAGAAGGCUUCAAAGAAGGGCGCAGCGGAUCAGGCUGCGAAACCUGUUCGUCUGCCGAACUCCAAGAAAGAGAAAGCUUCAUUCCAGUUCGAAGAAUUCGUUCGCCUAGACUCUGACCAGCAGACGACUGACGGUUCUGGGCGAUUUAUCCGUCAAAAGCGAGACAUCGAGGUUGGCAUCGAGCGCUUCUUAGCAGCAACUCCCAAAGAACACGUAGGGGAGCGUCUCUCGAAUGGAAUUCUAGAGGACAUUGCCACUCAAAUACAUCAUACCAUUCUCGCCGUUCCCGAUGCAACCAAGCGGAGCGAGCUUUGGGACUCAUUGAUUGUCGUGGGAAAUGGUAGCAAGGUCAAGGGUUUCACACAGGCUUUGCUUGGAGUAAUCACACAGAAGUUCAUCCUUUCGCCAUCAGGUACGAUUUUCACAUCUGAGAUUCCAUCAAAUUUCUCCACGCCGUUGCCUACCGGAGGAACCAACACACCCGUUCCUUCUGGCCAGCCCGGCCUCAUGCAUCAUCCCGCUGGCCAUGGCGUCAAUCCUCUGCUCGUUGCUGCAACUCACUCCGGCAACCCAACGGUAGGCAACAUGCCUCCUGGGACACCAUCGCUCGACCCUAACGCUGCUUUCCACCAUCGGUCAACAGGUCAUUCACAGACACCCACCUCUGUGAAGACUUUGAAGCCUCCUGAAUAUUUCCCUGAGUGGAAAGAACAAAGCAACACCAACGCACCAGGCGCCAGUGGUGCUGGGGGCUUGGGCAUAGGCAAUGGUGCUGCUGGCAGGCCCAGCGGCCCGUCCACCGGUGGCCAUGGCAUGGAGGAGGCGGUGUUUUUGGGUGCUCAGGUCGCAUCCAAGGUUGUCUUCGUCCUUGACCAAGGAUUAAGCAAAGGCUUCAUGAGCCGCGUGGAGUAUAAUGAGAACGGGCCGUCGGCGAUCCAUGAAUAUAUGAUGUGA